ACAAUGCACCAUGUUUUCUGUAUAAUAAUAUACUUAAUAGUGAAAAAUAAUAAAAUAAGGAAAGAAGGAUGAGCCGAUUCAUUUUUUAAUAGAUAAAGGUGAAUGAACAAGUGAAUGUCUUGUUGUAUAUCUACAUUGCUGUGGUAGGUUAUAGUUUUUAUUAUCAAAAUUGAAAGCAGGUGAAUUCUCUUUACUUCAAUUAUGUCCAUUCAAAACAUAAACAACACAAUCAUGCAGCCUCAAAACAUUGUGAUUAAUCAGGUGCCUCUAUCACAUGCGAUUAUGGCAAAUGUUAAUGCAAAUAAUGGAAUCCCAAUAGCCACAGCUAUUGCUCAUGCCCCUGCAACUGUUGACCAAACAGUAGAGAUUAAAACUGGAAUUGUUGUUGAAAGUAUACCUAUAGCCGGAGCUAAUAUUGUAGGAGUUCAGACUGUUCCUGUUCAAGGAGUUAGCCCUAUAAAAACUGUCCAAUCGAACACCAACUCGCAAGAAAUGGUGCAAAUUUUAAAUAAAACUCGCCUUAAUGACUUAGUCCGUGAUACAGAUCCAAAUUUGAAUCUAGAAGAUGAAGUGGAAGAAUUACUUUUGAGUUAUGUGGAUGGAUUUGUAGAUGGCGUGUUAAAUGGUGCAUCGUUGAUUGCCAAACACAGACAUGUAAAUGCAAUUGAAGUAAAAGAUAUACAGCAGUUUUUGAAUCGUAAUUAUAAUAUGUGGGUUCCUGGGUUUGGAACAGAUGAGUUAAGACCAUAUAAAAGAUCUCCAACAGCUGAUUCUCAUAAACAAAGAUUAGCUCUUAUUAGGAAAGCAUUGAAAAAAUAUUAGUGUUUUUAUAAAAAGCAAAUUAAAAAUGAAAUGCAAACAUAUUCAUCAUAAACUUUUUACAAUAUUGUAUAUGCAGACUUGAAUUAAAGCAUCUAAUUAAAAAGCACCAGACACUUUCCAGUA